UGAGACCAAGCCUCUCACGCCUGCCCUGCCUGAGUCGUUUUUCUUACCUGCCUGCCUCCCGCCCCCUGACUGACUGACUUGCCUUCCGCUUUCCUCUCCCUCCUGCGCCCGGCCGUCCGUCGUUGGCCUUUUCUUUGUUUGUAGAUUACUUUGGCGCUUGUUUGAUUGACCGACCGGUUUCUGUGCGUGUGUGAGGGGCGUGCGUGAGUGUGUGUGUGUGUGUGAUGUGGCUGCUGAUAUAUUUGUGAGUAAUCAUCGUCUGUUGCGGUCCGGUGCGGUGAGGUGCGGUUCGGUGGAUGCGUGGAGGUGGCGUUGAUCCAUGCGGUCGAUGGUGCGGAUAUCGGCCUCAAGGGACCAGUUCUACAAGACCAAAAUAUGCCCACACCACUCCGCCGGUGAGCGAAGCGAGCCACCUCCGAGCAAAGAGGGCAGACACAGACCAGACAACAAACUAACUGUCGGGUGUGUGUGUGUGUGUGUGUAUGUGUGUCUUUGUGUAGGCAACUGUCGGCGUGGCGACGAGUGCUACUACGCUCACAGUGAGGAGGAGCUGAGGACGCCCCCCAACCUCCACAAGACACGGCUAUGCGACCGAUGGAUGCAGGUGCCCAACACAUGCAUCACAUCACACGCAGAGAGAGUAGAGGAUGCACUCAUCUCAUCCAUAUGCGCCUGCCUCCACACAUCAUGAUUGUGUGGCGUCACGUCAGAACGGCUCCUGUCCCGACGGCGACAAGUGUCCCUUUGCCCAUGGCGAGAGGGAGCUCAGGUGCACCGACGACUACUUCAAGACCGGUCAGCAAACCACAGCACAGCACAGCACAGCACAGCACACGAGGGAGCAGCAGACAGACAGACAGACAGACAUGUGAGAGUGAUGCGCGCGUGUGUCAGAUCUGUGUAAGUACUGGAAGGCCGGGAGGUGCCACGCGGGCAAAUCGUGCCGACAUGCACACGGUGAGUGAGUCAGUCAGGGAAAGGAGCUCACCAGCGAGACAGCGCACCGCGCCGCCUAUCAGAUGGGAGGGUGCACAUAUGUUGUGCGAAUGAAUGAACCAUUCCUGUGUCUUCGUUGCCUUGAUCCUUGGACACGUGUGCAUCAGGGCUGGAGGAGCUUCGGCCGCGCAAGUGAGAAACCACAACUCAAUCACUCACCAGUCCACUCACCCAGACCGACUUGUGGAUGGAUAUCUCUCUCUCUCUCUCUGUUCUCAUUCGUGUGUGCAGGUUCCGUCCUGACGAGAUCGAGCAGAUGAAGCAUGGCGCGACGCUCUACGACAUCCUGCGGGACCGGCAGGCCUCCGACGGGCCGCCCAUCCACCUCUCACCGGGAUCUGAGCUCGAGGUCACACCCAUCACCCACCAUCCCACCCACCCACACACACACACACACAUUAAAGGAAGAUCCCUGCACUCCUUUGGUGCGUGCAGACACUCGAAGCGAUGGGCCUGCGCAAUCUCUCUGAGCGGCACGACCAGCACCCUGCUCUCCGGUAUAGGGGCGACGGCAUCAAGCCUCCACGGCUAGACGAGAAUGCGGGCACGGGCGAGACGCCGGGCGGUGCGAAGGGUGGUGGCCGCCCGGGCGGGAUGGACGUGCAGGCGCUGAUCCAGGCGGCAGCGAGGAUGCACAACAACAGCAGCUGCAGUCACCACCAGCCGCCUUUGGUGAGGGGUGCGAGCGGUCCGGCGAUGGCCGGCGGGGGUGGACUGGGGCAAAGUACCCCUCCGCCCUGCAGAACACACGACUUGCCCAAACCACCACACGUAAGAAAGAUCACUGACUGACACGAGAUGACACACAGAGACUGGGUAAGAAUUCUCAUCUCUCUGUUGGCUUGUUCGUGUGUGGUGGCGGUAUAUAUGUCAUUGAUGUCAUCAGAGUGCGUCAGUGGGCGACUUGCUCAAGACGAUCGUGCCAUCCCGCGACCAGCAGCACCAGCCGCCGCCUCGCCCGUCAGCCCCGCCCCACCCUGCCCCCUCCCCCAGCGCAGCCGUGCGGUUCGAAGGCCUCCCCUUCUUCCACCCACACCCACACGCCCCUCCACACCAACACCCACACCCACACGCACACCAUCCCAGGGGCAUGCCCCUGCCCAUCGCGGCCGUGCCAUGCAUCCCCUCGCAGCCGCCAUUGCCGCCAUACCCGGCCUCUAUCAUGGCUGCAGGAGGCGACGACCGCCGUCACCCAGCACACCCUGCGCACACGGGCAGGCCGCCGAUCGUCCCGCUCGUCACGCCGCUGACCAUCACUGGCACAGUGGUGCCACCGACCGUGCCCUCAUCGGGUGCCGGUGCUGCCAACACAGCGAGCACACCGGCCACUGCGUCGGCGAAGGCACGGAGGCCAAGAGAGAGGGGCGAGCGGGGUGAGCGGAAGGAGAGGCGGGCGGGGGAAGAGGACAAGUCGGUGCCGAGUGUGGGAGCGAGUGCGGGUAGCUCGCCAGGCGUGCCGGGGAGGCGUCACAGGCGGCGGCAUGGCCGGAGGGGUGGGGAGGAGAGGAAGGGCAGCACUGUGGACGAGGAGAGUGCUGCCAUUGACCAAGAGCAGGAGGAGGAUGCUGCGGCAGGAAGGAAGACUGGCGAGACCGGGGGCUAUGGCGGCAGGUGGGUGCGGCGAACAUCUUCACGCUCUGUCUGUGCGCUCCCUCGCUCACCCUGUCCUUUGUCUGUCUGUCUGUCUGUCUCUGACUGCCUGUGUCCCAAGCUCUCUCAGCCGCUCCACCACACGAGCGCCCGACAGCCCGUUUCUCACCUCCGACGCCGAGAGAGAGAUGCCGUCAGGCCCCGCGCCAGUGCAUUCCCAGCCAGCCACCCCGCCCCCCAAGCCCCCACACGCCAAACAACCGCACCAUGAGGACGGCGAGACCACCACGGGCAGCAUCGAGACCAUCGACGACGACCUCCGCAGCCACUCUGCCCCCGCCACCCUCACACCCAGCCUCUCGCAGCCGGAAGGCCAGGAGUGGUACAUGGAGCAGCAGCUGGGGCGGCGCGGUGCUGGUGGGGGCGGUGUCUCGUCAGGGGUCAAGGGCGACCAUCAUCAGAAGGACGGGAGCAUCGGUCCCGUGAGUGUGGGGAUGGCUGUGCCGUCGUCGCUCGAGACGACGCCCGAGGCGGAGGGGAUGGGCGAUUUGGUGCCGAUGGAGGGCUUCGAGAGGCUGGAGCCGGGGGUGGACUCUUCGGCAGAGGAUGGCGACUACAGGUGCGAUGAGCCACACAGAUGGACGGAGGGUCACAUGUGGCCUUCAUCUGCAAUUCUUUCUUUCUUUCUGACCUUUAAAUAUUGACUUUUUGCAGUGCGGACGAUCUUGACCACCAGCAGCAGCAGGGGUCGUCUUCUCGCCAGCCACUGCCACGGUCCAAGAGCUCCCCUUCCCUGCAGUCCACCCUCCUCCCCUCUCAAAUCCGAUGGUCCACCCUCCCCCCGCCCGACACAGAGACCACCCCCCAGGCCACCCCCCUCAAUCCCAACCCCCCGCCCCCCACACCAGCCACCGGCCACGCCAAGGCCAUGCACCCACAGCACCCGGCAGUGUUCUUCCCAGAGGAGAAGUUCCAGCAGUCACUCGCCAAGGCGGGGUACCCUUACCCACCGCGGCCCACUGCUGCUGGUGGUGUGGUCAAGGACGACAGGAAGCGGCACAACACGAUCGCGGUGCCGUGUCCGUAUGUGCAUGUGGCGUCGUCACACGCGCACUACACCCACACGGGCGCCUCCCCGCUGCCCCCACUACUGCCCCCACCCCUCGACGCUCGCAAGACCGGCGCUCCGUUCGGGGCGCUGCUGCCGCACCCGCCCCCGCCAAGAGAGGAGGGCUCAAUGGCGCCGUCAGGAGGGACCCCAGUGUACCCCUUCCCCCCACCCUUUGGCGGGCCACGUCUGGCCUAUCCCGCUUCGCCAGAGUAUCCCGGCGCCGCUGGGGGGAGUGCGGACGAGGGCGAGGGCGGGGAGAGGGGGGGACCACAGCAGCAGCAGCAGCAGCACCAUGGGUGGAGCUACCCUGCUGCUGCGGGGAUGCACCACGUCGGACACCAUUAUACGGUCAGCAAAGGGAAUAAACAAAGAGCUCUUGCCUGGAUGGAUGGAUGGAUGUGUGUGUGUCUGCCGCGGUCAUAUGCUCACACACAGGCGCCACACGCAUACGCCCUCCCCCCCGGCCCCCAUGGCCACCCCGCUGCAGCUCACGUGGUGGUGGGUGUGACCCCCGAGCAGUACAGCGCCAUGGUGGUGGCAAUGGGCAUGUCGCACGAGAUGGGCCUGCCACCACCAGGACCCCCGCCCCCACACCCACACACGCACCAUACGUCCGCACCGGCGAGCAGAUCGGUGAGCGAUGGCGGCAGUGGCAAUGGCGGCAGUGGUGGAGGGGAGUCCCACCACCAGCAGCAGCAGGGGCAGCAGCAGCAGCAGCCGGCGGGUCCUGGGGGUGUUGCUGCGCCGAGCCCGAUGCACUACCUCCUGGCUGCUGUGCCCUACGAAGGUCAGUCGGGAGGCUGGACAAGAGAUCUCUUUGAUGGAGGUCAUGUGCUCUCUCUCUCUCUCUCCCUGGGUGUGUCUGGCAGAGGUGAAGCUGGCGCAGCCCGACUACUACGAGGAGUGAAAAGCGGAGAGGCAAAUCGACGAGCGGGGGCAUUCAUGUGUGUGUGUGUGGCUGGGAUGUGUGUGUGUCUUGGUGGGGUGUGUGUGUGUGUGUGUGGCGACUGGCGACUGACUACCCUAGGCGGCUGUGCGUGUGUAUGGAUGCGUGUGUAAGC